CUCCCUGGUAAACAGUAACAACUCAAAGUCGGAUUCUGCCGCAUUUCCAGCACUUGCUCCUUUCUCAGGACACGUACACUACGCUGCGCAGCUUUGGUCAACAGAAACAGAUCAGCAACCGGCGACCAUCUCCAUCCUCUACGGAUUCUGUACUGUCCACUACCAGUACCAGUACCUUGCUAGGUGCCUUGCACACUGCAAUUGAGCAACGUACAGUCCAGUACCUAUUCCACCGUACACCACUCCGCCAUGGCCAGCAGCGGCACCAUGGACAAAUCACAGACGACGACAAAUCCUCGAGGAAUCCCUUCCUUUCCAUUCAUGUCCAAUGUGACCGACUACGUGAAAUCGCUCGAAGACGUGGAACCGACGCUCACGCGAUUCCAGGAAAUGGUGUCCAAAUACACAUUCAUGCAACAGAACGUGGAGCGACGGGCGGCAGGGCUCAAAGAGAAACUACCGGACAUGAAGAGGACGUUGGAAGUGGUGAAGUUUUUAAAGAAGAAGAGGAAAGACAUUGCAAACACUUCGAACACGGACAGCGACGACGGGGACGACCUCGAUGCGGACACUGACGGUUUGGAUCCGAACAAGUCGGACGAAAUCGAAACAACAUUCAGUCUUCAAGAUACCCUGUACGCCAAAGCCAAGAUCCGACCCGCAGAGAUAAACGAGGUCUAUCUGUGGCUAGGGGCGAAUGUCAUGGUGGCGUAUCCGCUGGACGAGGCGGAGGAGCUGUUACAGUCGAAAUUGGACAAGGCAAAGGAAAGUCUUGCGGCCGCGGAGGAGGAUUUGGAGUUUCUAAGGAUUCAGAUUACGACGCUGGAAGUUGCGAUUGCUAGAGUGCAUAACUGGGAUGUGGGAGAGAAGAGGAAGUUGAGGGCGCAGGGAAAGCUGAAGGAUCAUGAUCAUGAUGAGGAGUCCAAAGGCAAGGGAAAAGAAAAGGAAUGAAUGAUUCUCCAACUUGGGCGUGUGAUGUACUACUGAGGCCAAAGAAAGGAUCCGUAUCGGACCGCAGUGGCCUGCAUUGGCUUGUCAGAUUUCUUGAUGACAGCAUAUGUCAUGUUCGAGUUGGUUGCUGCUUGCUCUUGUCUGAGGAGCCUAUCUAUCUUUCUCUCGGGCCGAGUGGAAAAAUGCCACGAUGUCCGACCACGAUGGCAUGAAGACAAACCACUGGCACUGCACGGCACUUCCAUCGCCGUGGCUUCUGGCCUAGUCCACUGCAGUUCAGUUCAGGCCGAGAUGGACACAUCAGACAGUCCUUUGCCUCUAUACUCUCUCUCGUCACAGCUGCUGCUGAACUACAGCUACGCCCUUGCCAUGACAUACUAUGCCCAUCCUCGCCAUUGUCAAGCAGGCACCGUUCAACGAAUGGCCUCCCCUACACUUUGUUUCGAAACCCAGACGGACGGACGGACGGACCAAAAGGGUCCCUUCGACUUGGCUUGGCUCACACCUUUGGGAACAGUCUUAGUGGUAAUGCUCUAAGAUCAGACCAAUAAGAAAGGAAGGAUCUUGAUCUUGUCGACCUUCAAACGGUGGAAUUUCAGACGGUCUUUCGGACGGUUCAGCUGCCGCAAACACAUACUGUACAGUCGAAGAUUUGCACUGUACUGGUAUGUACAGACGGACAGACAAGACACGAAUUGUUCCUUCAGCGCAAAAACAUCACGCUGCAUGGCAUGGCAAGGCAAGACAAUGCAAUCGCAACUAAUAAUACAUUGAUCAGGCGAAGAAAAUUGACCGGGACUCUUUUCCAUCGUCCUACUAACUAGGAGGAGGUAAUUAUUAAUUACGAUUAUUACCUAUCUUUCCUGUUCUCUAGACAGUAAAAGCUUCGACGGCAAUUUACCCUCUCCGAACAGUCUGCCAACUCGUAAUUCGGCUGCCUGUGCGUAUGCAUGGGUUUUGCUCAUCCUCAAGUUCCGGAUUCGGUGGAUAUCUUCAUCUGUAUUGAACAUUACUAGUACUUGAGUACCCAAUACUGAAUGGCCGUGCCAAUGGACAACAUGCGCCAUAGCAAGCUGUUGCUCCUCCACUCCUUUCCUCAAUUUCCUCCAUUCUUGUCAUAAGGACAAGAUGGAAACCCGUU